ACUCAGAUAUUCCAUUGUCUGUACCAUACAGAUAACAAUGUAUUGCUUGGAGCACCCACUGGCUCAGACUGUUGCCGCUGAGAGUGCCAUGUUUAGACUUUUCCGUGAGAUGCCAGAAGCCAAGGCAGUAUAUAUUGCACCUCUUAAAGCUCUGGUUCGUGAGCGUGUUGAAGACUGGCGGGUCAAGCUGCAAGACAAGUUGGGCAAGAAUGUUGUGGAGUUGACAGGUGAUGUUUCUCCAGAUAUACGAUCCAUUCAGGCUGCACAUGUUAUUAUUACAACACCUGAGAAAUGGGAUGGAAUUUCACGAUCUUGGCAAACAAGAAAUUAUGUUACAAAAGUUUCACUGAUUAUCAUAGAUGAAAUCCAUUUGCUUGGUGAGGAUCGUGGCCCUGUCCUGGAAGUGAUUGUAUCGAGGACAAACUUCAUUUCGAGUCACACCAACAAAGGCUUGAGGGUUAUUGGUCUAUCCACAGCCUUAGCCAAUGCAAAAGAUCUAGCAAAUUGGCUGGGUAUUGGUCAGAUGGGUUUGUACAAUUUCCGUCCCUCAGUGCGGCCUGUGCCUUUAGAAGUACACAUAUCAGGGUUCCCUGGUAAACAUUAUUGUCCUCGUAUGGCUACUAUGAACAAACCUACUUUCCAGGGUAAAUAUCACGUUACUUAUUUUUGCAUAAUUCUCCUACUUGCUUGCCUGAGGGAUGCAGACAUUCAGAUUUAUAACUGGGUUGUACAUAGCAGCACCUACCAGACUGAAGUUUUGUAUCUUGGUCUUGGAGAUGUUGAAGCACGAUAUGAUGCUCAGUAUGUAUUUUUUGAAAGCCAAAGUGGAGCUGCUUUGCCUGUGAUUCUCAUCACAACAGCCACCCUUGCUUGGGGAGUGAACUUCCCAGCACAUCUGGUAGUGAUUAAAGGAACAGAGUACUAUGAUGGAAAAACUAAGAGAUAUGUAGAUUUCCCAAUUACUGGUAAGAUGUUUGUGUAUGUAUCCUUGUAUAUUACUUGA